ACUGGUCCUCAUUCCAAGCAGAGAUGCAGGCAAACUAAUCCAUUGGAAAAGGCAGAAAUCAUCCAGCGUAACCCGGCAAGAAGGGGAUAUUCAGCACGACAUUGGAAGCAGGAUUUUGAAUCAGCCACAGACUUUGCCAUGUCAGAGAUGAGGUACUGAUGGCUUUGUAGAGAAGCCAUUUGUGGAUGCUGUGGAGGACCCAAGGUUGGAGGGAUGGUUACAACUAGGAAGGGCGAUGAAUGGAUGCCACAUUCCAGGGGGCCUGUGAGAAUGUCUCGGCCAGCUAACCUAGCCUCCUUCCAGGUGUUCUUUCUUUUGCUAUUUUUGUGCUGGGAUGUCUUUAGUCGGGCCCUACCCGCUGCUCCAGAUUACUUGCAGCGUGGCUGGCAGAGGCUUCUGGAGGAAGGGGAGAGCUGUGUGGAAUGUCGGUUGGAAGAAUGCCCCACCCCGCGUGGCUGCCUUGCCGGGGUAGUGCUGGAUGCCUGCGACUGCUGUUGGGAGUGUGCCAAUCUGGAGGGACAGAUCUGUGAUUUGGACAAUACCAACCACUUCUAUGGCAAAUGUGGGGAUCACUUAGAGUGCCGCCUUGAUUCUGGGGACCUACGACAUGGUGAGGUGCCUGAGCCCCAGUGUACUUGUCUGUCUGGCCAGGCGCUCUGUGGCUCAGAUGGCAAGACCUAUUCCCAAAUCUGCAAAUUCCAAGAGGUGCGUAACUCCCACCCAGAGGCUAAUGUCACUGUGGCUCACAAAGGCCCCUGUGAAUCAGAGCCCCACAUCAUAUCUCCUCCCUAUGACAUCUGGAACAUCACUGGGCAAGAUGUGAUCUUUGGCUGUGAAGUCUUUGCCUACCCCAUGGCAUCUAUUGAAUGGAGGAAGGAGGGACUGGACAUGCUGCUUCCUGGAGAUGACCCCCACAUUUCAGUUCAGUUUAGGGGAGGACCUCAGAAAUAUGAGGUCACCAGCUGGCUCCAGAUCCAAGCUGUGCGGAUAACGGAUGAGGGAACGUACCGCUGCUUCGCAAGGAACAAUGUUGGGCAAGUGGCAGCUCCUGCCAGCCUUAUGGUUCUCACUCCUGAUCAGCUGAACAUGACCAAAUUGGCCCUUCCCAAGAUGCCCAACCUUGGACCAGAUGAUUACAUGGAGAGUGAUGAAACAUACGACUAUUACUGAUGGCACCUAUGUGUGUGGGGGAGC